AUGACAGAUGAUGAGGACAACAACACAUCAGUGGACGACGAGGAUGGCCACACGUCAAUGGACGAUGACUACAUGCUAAUGGACGACAACCACGUCAACAGAGGAUGGCCACGUCAACAGAUGGCCACGACCACGGAUGAGGACGUGCCCCCGAUGAUGGGAAACCAAGGUGCCACAUCGCUGUCAGCGACGUGGCAACAAGGUGCUCACGAUGAUGAGUGCCUGUUGACAAACACCACACCGCAUUACAACACAACAACAAUGAGUGCCCACAACGUAGAGUGCCCACCCUGUUGGCAAAGACAACGACGAGCGCAUAUGACGACACCAUGA